AUGGAUGCGCUUUUCGACGAAGUAGAGUCUCUGGAGGCGAUUUUGAUGGAGGAUGUAACAAUACAACGAGAUGGAGAAGGUGUUCCAAAAUUGAUUGAAACAACUGUUUUUCCUGUGGUUGGUGAGGAUUCUGAUCAGCAAUAUGUCUGUGUAACAUUGCAAGUCCUGCCGACACCUGGCUAUCCUGAUGUUAGUCCCGAAUACAAGUUAGUCCGGCCACGAGGUUUGGACGAUUUGCGUUUGGUUGAAAUAAAAGCUGCCAUAGAAAGUAAACUUAAAGAAUCCGUUGGAUUUCCUGUAGUAUUCGAUUUGAUUGAAUUGGUGAGGGAGCAUUUAACUGGAAGUAAUCUACCAAGCGGUCAGUGUGUCAUUUGUCUCUAUGGAUUUAGUGACGGCGAUGAGUUUACACGGACUGAGUGCUUCCACUAUUUGCAUAGCUAUUGCUUGGGUCGGCAUUUGAAUGCUUUGCGACGAAACUAUCAAGAGGAAUAUAACAAGCUUCCUGCUUGGCAGCAAAAAACAGCGAAACCCUUCCAAGCUCAUUGUCCUGUAUGCCGGGAAAACAUUACGGAUGAGAGUGAUAGUCUCAGGUGUGCUAUGCCUCCUGCUGAAUUAGAAAAUGCUCCUGAUUUCGAACCGUCCCCAGAAUUAAGGGAACUCCAACAACGAAUGUCUUCUUUGUUCUUGCAUCAAAAGAGUCGCGGUGCGAUCAUUGAUUCAGAGGCUGAAGGUGGAGCAGUAAUUUCUAUCGAAACUGAGGAAGAAAUUCGCCGACGUUUACAACGUAAACAAGAAGAGGCAGUGAAUGUCGAAAGUUCUGAAAGUAGUUGCAGCAAUAUUAACCUUGAGCUGGGUGGAGGUUGUGGUAGUAGCAGUGGUUCGGCAACACCAGAAACUGUAUCAUUGGCAGAGCAACAACAGAAGGAAGCCAAUGGAUCUAAUAUAAAAACGAAUUUCGCACCUAUUGUGCAGCAAACUCAAAGGGAUGAUCCUACUAAUAAUAAUUAUCAUCAUGGAAGGAGGCAUUUUAGAGGCGGCAGACGGCAUCAUAAUCACCACCACCAUCAUCAAUCUCAAAGGGAUCGUGAACGCUUUGAGCACAAUCACAUUCCAUCAACGUCAUCGUCAUCAUCAGCAGCUGCUGGUAAUUCAUCUAGUCAUUCCGGUGCUUCGCAAGUGGCACAACCACAUAAGCAGGGAAAGGGGCACGCAGCCGGUCACGGUCAUUCCAGGUGACGAUGGCCUCUCUACAAACAUAUAGAGCACAACGGUGAGGCGUUCAUCAAGAUGUUGCUCCUGCUGCUACCUUCUUCAGUCCUAUUGCCAUUACAACUUUGCUAAUAUAGUACAUAGAACAAAAAUUUAUUAUUUUUGUUGUUGAAAUGACAAUACUUUUGUUAUUCUAUUUUUAGUUAGAUUUUACAGCGAUAACUUAUUUAUUUUAAUCAUAGUUUUGAUUAGUAAUUAUUUUAGGACAACAUUGCACG